CAGCGAGAAGCCCGGCCCAGGCAGCCCCCGGCGGGCACCUGCAGCCCCAGAUCCCAUUAGUGAAAAGCCAGCGCGGAGGAAAAGCCAGCGUGGGGGAAACACCAGAGUGGGUGAAAACUGGCCCAGCCCUGCCUGUGCCAGCCUGUGUUUCCAAUCUCCGUGUGCUGCUGCUGCUGCUGAGGGGUCUGCAGCCCCCUGGGCAGUGCCUGGCACCAUGGUGGGUCAGAGCCCUGCUGAGCCCAGGGCUGCUGUGCUCCUGCAGCCCUUUGUGCACCAGGUGGGAGGCCACACCAGCAUGCUGACCUACGAUGAGCACACCAUCUGCAAGCCCCUGGUGUCGCAGGAGCUGAGCUUCUACGAGUCCCUGCCCCUGGCCAUGAGGCAGUUCACGCCUCAGUACAAAGGCAUUGUGUCCGUGCACCUCAAGAAGGACAGCCUGGGCAACCUGACCCUGAUUGCGAGCCCUGGCCUGGGCCAGCCCGACACCUGCGGCUGCCUGGACAGCGCCGGAGGUGACCCUGGCGUCACCUUGUGGCACAAAUGCAAGUGGAGCCACACCCAGGUCACCAAGACCUUCAAAGACAGCUGCCCUGGGAAGAUGCUUUUGAGGACAGACCUUCAGUACCACACAGAUUCCCUUUUGGAUGAUGCAAAUGGGAAGCAGGGAGAAAGGAAGAGCUACAACCCCUGGGGACUGCACUGUCACCGGCAGCACCUGAACCGCAUGUCCUCCAAGCACAACGAGAACAAACUUCAUCAGUUUCUCCUGCUGGAAAACGUGGUGUCCAAGUACAGCUACCCCUGCAUCCUGGACCUGAAGAUGGGCACUCGGCAGCACGGGGAUGACGCCUCAGAGGAGAAGAAAGCUCGGCACAUCAAGAAGUGUGAGCAGAGCACCUCGGCCUCGCUGGGCGUGCGCAUCUGUGGGAUGCAGGUUUACCAGGCAGACUCCGGCCAUUUCCUGUGCAAAGACAAAUACUACGGGAGGAAGCUCUCUCCGGAGGGAUUCCGGCAGACCCUGCGGCAGUUCCUGUGCAACGGGAACCAGCUGAGGGCCGACCUGCUGGAGCCCAUCAUCCUGCGCCUCAAGGCCCUGCUGGCCGUGAUCAGGAAGCAAAGCUCCUACAGGUUCUACUCCAGCUCCCUCCUCAUCAUUUACGACGGGCAGGAGCACAAGGAGGGUGCGGAUCAACACCUCCCCUUCCCAAAAACUCACGGCACGAAGCCCUCCAGGGUGGAUGUGAGGAUGAUAGACUUUGCCCACACCACCUUCAAAGGCUCCAAGAGCAAUCCCAACCCCACCCUGUACGAUGGGCCAGACCACGGCUACAUUUUUGGCUUGGAGAACCUCAUCAAAAUCCUUCAGAGCCUGUUGGAAGGGAAGUGA